AUGGGUCAAUCAUCGUCUGGAGAACCACAAAGGGAGCUGCUCUAUGCUGAGGAUGGCAUCACUGUGAUCGGCAGCACCUUCAGCGUCGGCGGAGAGAAGGCUGCCCCAGAAUGGUUCGGAAUGGGCCCACAAAGUUUGGGCUUCGUGGGUCCGGGCCCGCAGAUCAAUCCCAAGGUCUACUGCACUCCACACGCUCCGAACAGAUUGCCAUGCCCGACUCUCAUCCAGGGAGAAGCGCCCCACCUGACUGUCUUCAACCGAAGUCCCCGCCCUGUGAACGUCUCACUAGGCACUGAUGGGAAGCACUUCCUCCAGCCUGGGCGUUUGACCAGGUUCUUGCUUCCAGACGGUGAAGGAGUUCUGUACAUAACCGACCCGUGCUCUGGGGCUUGCUUGUGUGACUUGCGCGGCUUGCCGGCAGGAGGGCAGCCCCUUGAGGCCUUGCCACGUGCCAUUCUCCAGGAGCUUGGCGGAACCUUGUGUGCGUCCCUGGAAUACUCCUUCCCCAGGAUGGAGGAGGCACCGGAUCCUUCCAAGAAGUUAUCGGAGAAGAAGCCGUCGGCAUGUGCAAGCCUUGAAGACACUGAACAAAAAGCGAGCCCUCGAACGAUUGAGCUGGAGGAGCAGCUACUGGAAGCGCUCCAGUCCAACAACCAUUGCCGGGCACAGGAAAUUCUGGCAGCUAGGCUUCGAUUUGACAGGCAGUUGAAGCGAGCAUUUCCUGGACGCCUGCGCAGGCAUCUUUGUUUGCCCGAAGCCUUUUGCAGACGUAAGUGUCCUUCCUCAGGACCUGCUUCGAAAAAGUAUUUGAUGCAAGAGGCCGUAGACAACUGCAGCUGCGCUCCAUUGCGCUCCCUUGUAGGUGCUUCUGUAGCCUGUUUGCUCAGCCGCGCUGAGAUGUGCAUAGCCUUGCAUGGUGCAAUCUGCACACCUUAUGUAUACGUAGACUCUGCGGCGCUUGACUGA